AUGACUCCCGUGAGGACCCAGCACUGCUUGGCAGGUCAGACAUACGCGGUGCCCCUGAUCCAGCCGGACCUGCGGCGGGAGGAGGCCAUCCAGCAGGUGGCAGACGCCCUGCAGUACCUCCAGAAGGUCUCCGCAGACAUCUUUAGCAGGCAAAGGUCCCAGGAAGAAUCGACAGCUGGCAGCAGCUGUCCCCUUCAGUCGAAGCAGUGCAGGGGGCGCUCUUUCUGGGUGCCUCUGUUCUCAUUUAGGAUUCCUGGAGGAGCUUCUGUAGCUCCGGUCCUGGGAGCGCCCAAGGAGGUGACCGAGCCCUCCAGCGCCCGGGCCUCGCUGCUGGAGUCCAUCCGCCAAGCUGGGGGCAUCGGCAAGGCCAAGCUGCGCAGUGUCAAGGAGCGCAAGCUGGAGAAGAAACUGGAGCAGGAACAAGUGAGAGCCACAAGCCAAGGUGGGGACCUGAUGUUGGAUCUCUUUAACAAGCUGGCCAUGCGGCGCAAAGGGAUCUCCGGGAAAGACCCUAGGUCAGACUCCAUCCCGCCUCUGCCUCGGCAGUGGCAGAGAGAGGACAACGAGGACGGCUGGGAGUCCUAGGGACCUGCGCCAUCCUUCCUCGCAGGCCUGGGCGGCCCCAGGGGUGCGCCUGGACCUUCUUCAAGGACAGGGACGCUGGCUGCAGGCCCCAGAGCUACUGGGGCACCACCGUGUGAUUGCACACCACCCCUUCACCUGAGGGCUCUUAUCGUCCCCGAAGAGACUUGUAGAGACACCAGACACCAGCACUUCGGAUCAAUAAAGCAGUGUGACCAGA